GGGGCCCUGGAUGGCGACAUGGUAAAGAUGGGGCCUCCUAGAUGAAACCAGCAGACAAGCCUCCAGACCUCCAGGAAGCUGAGAGCUGGCAGAGAACUCAGCAUAGCCUGAGCCCUUACCACUUGGGCCCUUCACAAGGCACUCUCUCUCUCCUACCACCUUCUGGCUCAGUGUGUUGUCCUCUCCCCUCACAACCUCCUUUGUGAAUACAGAAUGUACAGACCAUUAGGGGCCUACCCGCACUGUCCUAGAAUCCACGCAUCUAUGCCCUACAGGAAUUCUAGGCUGCUUGAGCCCUCUGUUUACACAGACCCCAUCCGUGCCUAGCCACGCCCACUGACUCUGGCGGGGGCGGAGUCAGGGGCCUCCACGUGCACUCUUUGCUCGUUGCUCCGGCCACAGCCCCACCCAAUCAGGCUCGGUUGCCCUGGAGAAGGCAGUCGUGGAGUCGUUUGGCUGAGUGGAGAUCUUCGGGGUGAGGCCUACAGAGUCCGGUUUCAUCUUGCCUCUCACUUGAGGAGUCCAAAAGCACCACUAUGUCAAGUGAGCCAAGCGCUACAGGGACCUCACCCAGGACUCCGCGUCCUGGGGCCCAGAAGUCAUCCGGUGCAGUAACCAAGAAGGGGGAUCGGGCUGCUAAAGAUAAGACAGCAAGCACCCUGCCUCCGGUGGGUGAGGAAGAGCCAAAAAAUCCCGAGGAAUACCAGUGCACGGGGGUCCUGGAGACAGACUUCGCUGAGCUCUGCACACGGUCAGGCUACAUGGACUUUCCCAAAGUUGUCACCCGGCCACGGGUCCAACAGAUCUCUGUCCCUUCCGCCUCCUUGUCAGAAAAACCUGUCCAAGAUGACCAAAGACUGUCGGCAUCCUGCAGCCAGAGCAGCCUGGAGAGCAAGUAUGUGUUUUUUCGGCCCACCAUUCAAGUGGAGCUAGAGCAAGAGGACAGCAAGGCUGUGAAGGAGAUCUUCAUUCGGGGUUGGAAAGUUGAAGAUCGGAUUCUGGGUAUUUUCUCCAAAUGUUUGCCCUCCCUCAGCCAGCUGCAGGCCAUCAACUUGUGGAAGGUGGGGCUGACAGAUAAGACCCUGACCACUUUCAUCGCCCUUUUGCCUCUUUGUUCCUCCACACUCAGGAAGGUAUCUCUGGAGGGGAACCCGAUACCAGAGCAGUCCUUUAACAAGCUGAUGGGACUGGACAGCACGAUUGUUCACUUGUCUCUGAGGAAUAACAACAUCAACGACCACGGGGCAUAUCUCCUGGGCCAGGCGCUGUCCACACUGCACAACAGCAACCGAACCCUGGUUUCACUGAACCUGGCAUUCAACCACAUCGGGGAUGUGGGCGCAGGCUAUAUUGCGGAUGGUCUGAGGCUGAACCGCUCUCUCCUCUGGCUGUCCCUAGCGCACAACCACAUUCAAGACAAGGGAGCACUGAAGCUGGCCGAGGUCCUGCGCCCCUUUGAGCUGACCCACAGGGAGGUGGUGGAGCGGCGGCGCCUGCUGCUGGUAAAAGGAACGCAGGAGCGGUCUCGCUCGCCUUCCUCCUCCCGACAUGGGGACACCAAAGCAGAACGUGAGAAGUCUCAGACGUUGGGGAUCAGCAACGUCACUUUGGUGGACAAGCAAGAAAAGAUGCAGUCACUGAAAGCCCCUAAGACCAUAAGCAAGAAAAAGGAGAAGACAGGGGAAGUUGUCAAGAAGGAAGAGAAGCUGGGCUCUGGGCAGUCACCCACACAAGGAACCCCUAAGAAAGAAGAUGCCACAAAGGCAGGCAAGGGGAAGGUAACCAUCCCUGAGCAGAAGAUGAGCAAGGGAAAAGCGACGAAGAUGGGGGCCAAAGAGAAGCGCAGCAUCCUCCUGGAGUCAGAACUGGUUGUUGAAGCCACAGAGAUGGUUAACCCUCUUCUGGAGCCCGUGGAACACCGAGACGGGAAGGUCUUCUUGCCUGGGAACAAGGUCCUUUUGCACCUCAACCUCCUCCGAAACCAAAUCACAGAGGUGGGGCUGGAAGGCUUCCUCACUGCCGUGCAAUACCAGGUUCAGGUCUCCAAGUCCAAGACUUCACCCAAGGCGCCCCUGGGUCUGCUGUGGCUGUCCUUGGAGAAAAACUGCUUUGACCCACAGUGUCCAACACACAUCAUGAUUCAAGAACUGAUGUUGCCAAGGGACCCUGUGAAGGCCAAGGCCAGGGAGGAGGAGGCUGCAGCUACCUAGGCCUCCUACAGGCAGCCUCUGUCUCCCUGGGAGGUAGUGUGGACCAGUAACAUAGUCUCUUGUUGUGCUGUUCCUUGAA